AUGUGGGAACUUCGGUCAGCCUCCUUCUGGAGGGCCAUCUUCGCCGAGUUCUUCGCCACCCUUUUCUAUGUCUUCUUCGGUUUGGGGGCCUCACUGCGUUGGUCCCCGGGUCCCCUGCAUGUCUUGCAGGUGGCUAUUGCCUUUGGCCUGGCCCUGGCCACCCUGGUGCAGGCUGUGGGCCACCUCAGUGGAGCCCACGUCAAUCCUGCGGUCACUUUUGCCUUUCUUGUGGGCUCUCAGCUGUCCCUACUCCGUGCCUUCUGCUAUAUGGUAGCCCAGCUCCUGGGAGCCGUGACCGGGGCUGCCAUGUUGUACAGCAUCACCCCGCCUGCCGUCCGAGGAAACCUAGCGCUUACCACGCUGCAUCCUGGAGUGAGUGUGGGCCAGGCUGCUGUCGUGGAGAUCUUGCUGAUGCUGCAGUUCGUGCUCUGCAUCCUGGCCACAUACGAUGAGAGGCAGAACGGCCGUCCCGGCUCUGCGGCCCUGCCUAUCGGCUUCUCCCUCACGUUGGGCCACCUCUUCGGGAUGCAUUAUACUGGUGCAGGCAUGAACCCUGCCCGCUCCUUCGCUCCUGCCAUUCUCACCCGCAACUUCACCAACCACUGGGUGUACUGGGUGGGCCCAAUCAUUGGAGCGGGCCUGGGCAGCCUCAUCUAUGACUUCCUCCUCUUCCCCCGGCUCAAGAGUGUUUCUGAGAGGCUGUCUAUCCUCAAGGGAGCCAGGCCCAGCGACCCCAGUGGACAACCAGAGAGCCCAGGGGAAGCCACGGAACUGAAGACCCAAGCCCUGUAGGGAGAGAAAAGAGGGAAGCGGUUGGGUUCCUGUGGAGAGGCUGAACCAGCCCUUAGCUGAAGAAAGAGACUGGAGGGAGGGGCACGUACUUCUUUCUUUUUUAAUUUAUGUAUGUCCCUCCCCCUCCUUUUGCUGUGUGAAAUCUUUCAAGUUGCAUUCAUGAGCUGGUUGGUGCAGACUUCCCGCCCACCUCCCGUCACUGUGUGUGCAUGAUGGUGCAGCUGACACAGGAAGGUGGGGGAGUGAGUGCGGUAGGGUCUUGAGAAAGAAGUAUCGUCCCGUGUCCUGUCUCUCCCCCUAACCCACCACGGCCGGCACAGGAGCCAAGACCUCAAGUUGUUGACUUUUAGCCUGUUGCCAAUCACAGGUAUGGCUCUUGAGUUCUACGGGGCCAGGGAAGCUGGCCUCUGAGGAGGCCCACGGACAGAAGUGAAGGGGCAGGCAGUUCAAGGCUUUGGGAUCCGGACUGAGGCUGGGUUGCUCAUGGAGGUGGGUGUGAGGGGAGAGCUUGGGGUGGUAGCAAAUGGAAGCCUAAGCCCCAGAUCAAGGUGCAACUGGACCACCGAGGUUGGGGGAGGUUAAUGGAGUAGAGCCCACUUAGCGCAGAGAGGCUGGCCCCAGGCACUUGGGUGGGACAGUAGUUCUGAGAAAAGUGAACACUGGAGUUUGAGCUGUUCCAAGGAGCCCUGGUGGUGCAGUGGUUACGAGCUGGGCUGCAAUCUGAAUGGUCAGCAGUUCAAA